UCUCCGGAUAAAUCUGACAUUUCAACACAACCUAUUUGAUGGUAAUCAUUAGCAGAUUUAGCAGUCUCCAGGAUCGCCUUGUAGUAGGUCGUUCUAUACAAUAUGGCCGACCGUGGAUUUAAAGGCGUCUUACGACCUAUUUGUUUAGGUGUGAUUGCUUGUGUACUAAUCAAUGGACUAGUUGGAGCUAAUGCUACGGGGAACGCGUGUGAGGUUUGUCAUUGCGAUAGACAGUCAUUGACAGUUGACUGCAGCACCAGGGGUCUGACUAAGCUGCCGACAGGCAUUCCAAACGACACUGCGAUACUAGACCUAAGUGUGAACUUCUUGCGAGAAAUACCGGAGGAUUGGUUGAUGCAGUUUCCUCGGCUCAUUUUCCUGAAAUUUUCCAGCAAUCUUAUUUCGAAGCCUUUUAGAGUACCACCACUCCUUCUUUCCCUGCUUGGUGACGACAACCAUUUGCAAGAUAUUAGAAUGUUUUUAAUAAACGGUCACAAGUUGCAGAGAGUAUCUUUCAGAAGAAACAACUUGGAAAUUAUUCGAAGGGAUACAUUUCGAAACUGCACCGACUUAGUCAAACUGCGAUUGGACGAGAACAAAAUAGGUCAAAUAGAACCCGGAGGUUUGUUUACGUCCAAGUACACCAUGAUACUUUUGAACUUCAACCGAAUUGCAGAGCUGAGUCCAGUUAUGUUUGGCGGUGGAAGCUUUUGGAAUAUACACAUUAUUGAAAGUCGACUGACACGGAUUAAGAGCUUCACACUUGGAGGCCUUCAGCAUAAUGUACGACUGUUUGGAAACAAUAUACAGGAACUUCCAGAUGGACUUUUUUCAGAUAAGACAGACUCGAAACGAGAACUGAACCGUGUUGACUUUUCUAACAAUCACAUUCGUGAGGUUUCUCCAACAGCUUUCAAAGGUGUUAAUCGAUUGGGAUAUCUAUCUUUCGCUGCAAACAAGCUGAAGGAUGAGUCACUACCGAAUGACUUGUUUGCCAACUUGAAAAUUGGUUUUUCGCUUGAUCUAUCAAUGAAUGAACUGUCAACUUUUCCCAGGGAACUUCUACGAAACCAAAGCGAUAUGUUUGACCUCUACAUCCAGCGCAAUCACAUCACCACUCUGGACGAAACCAUGUUCAAGGGAUUUCACUCUCUGGUGUCUCUACACAUCUAUCAAAACCCGAUAAAGCAAUUGGCAGACUUUCAGUUUUAUGAGACAAGCCUCAGAUACCUUGUGAUGUUUCAGGGUAAUUUAUCAGAGGUUGGAGUGAGACCGUUCGCUACGGAAGGAGACACACUCCAGCAAAUAUUGAUGCACGGAAAUCCCAUAAAACAUAUAAAGGAUACCAUCUGGCCAGAUUUGGGGCCGGACUGUUAUGUAUCUGUGGAUAAAAGUCUACGACAAGCACCAAACAUGGUCCGGACUGACAUAAUUGUGGAUUUAGUCGGAGAUAACUUCAUACCUUCAUUCGAUAUGAGGUACUCGGCAUCAGAUCAAUUAUCACCUGCGGGUUUAGAAUGCCUGAUAGUUUCAUUGUUUGAGCGUCAAUGCAAGCCCUGUGGGCAGGGGACUUACGGAGUAUCUUCAUCAGCAGGGUGUACCCCGUGUCCGCCAGGCGGGUUUUACCAAAGUGUAUCUGGUCAGUAUUCAGAAAACGAAACGAUGAAGUGUGAAAUAUGCAACAUCGGAACGUACGUAUCACCUGAAGCUUCACCCGGCAAGGGAGGUACUGAUUGUAAGGUGUGUCCAACAGGAACAGAUAAAAGUACCACUGCAGGGUUCCGGGCUUGUCCGUGUGUGGACAACUAUUACCGCACUGACCGGUUUGGCGAAUGUCAUCAGUGUCCCCACGAAGGGCUCAACUGCUCCGGGGAAUAUCAACAUCUUCUUCCGGGCUACUGGUGGACGUGGAACUGGACCUCACAAGAAGAACGGAUCUCGCAGGAAAACCACGAUUCCUAUAUGAAAUUUGUUAACAAUAUAUGCAUUAUGAAUGACUCAUAUGACAGAAGUGCGCAGAGAUUUGGCGGUAAAUUACCCCAGGUACACAAAUGUUCCCGCGACGACGUGUGUCCAAAUGGUGGAAUUGGUAUCGACUCAACUUGCAGUGAAGGCUACAAGGGCUGGCUGUGUUCCGAAUGUGCAAACAAGUAUUACUCUUGGCUUGGCCAUUGUUUGGAAUGUCCUGAGUGGCCGUUAUUUGCUGUAGAAGUCUUCUGCAUCUUGCUUGCUGUUUGCAUCAUAGUCGGUUUCUUUGUGUGGGAUGCAUAUAGAAGGCAUCGUCGGAAUGAACGAAAUAUUGUGAGCAUCUUCUUAGCACGCGGGAAAAUCGUGGUUGGUUUUUGCCAAGUCAUGGGGGAGAUAUUCUCUGCACUAGACGACAUUCCCUGGCCAAGGAAUUUGCAGACAUUGGGUUCAGUCUUUAAGACAAUGGAGGUCAGCUUAGUUGGUUGGUUGAUUAGUCCUCGAUGCUUUAUUCCGGAUUUCACCUACCCCAAUAUUUACAUUGAAUUCUUGGUCGGUUUCGGGUUCAUCAUAGCGGUUGUUCUUGUUGCUUGUUGUUACUACGCAUCCAGAAAACGUCACCUAACGACGGCACAAGGGUUGUCUUCACGGUUCAGAGAUGAUCUCAAUAAAAGUAAACAAAGGUGUUUCCUUAUUGUUGUCAUUCUGCUCUUUCUGUCGUACCCAAGUGUUUGCAGUGUUAUAAUUAGCCUUUUGCCGACUGGGUGUAAGCUGUUUUACAUGGAUGAGGAUAAAGAACUCAACAUCACCUUGCUGAGGUAUGAUUACGCAAUAGACUGUGAGAGCCCAGAACACAAUGUUUACAACUAUGCCGCCCAAACAGCUAUGGUAUACGUUGUUGGUUUCCCGCUCGCAUUGUUCAUACUUCUGUGGUAUAGCAAAAGCAUGGUCAACAAUGGAAAAGAUGAAGCAUCUGUUUCGAGUCAGGGUUCAGAUCAAGUGUUACCCAGUAUCUCCAAUGAUAGGAUGGAGGAUACCGAAGCACCUGUUUCGAGUCAGAAUUCAGAUCAAGUGUUACCCAGUACCUCCAAUGAUGGGAUAGAGGAUACAGAAGCACAUGUUUCGAGUCAGAAUUCAGAUCAAGUGUUACCCAGUACCUCCAAUGAUGGGUUAGAGGAUACAGAAGCACCUGUUUCGAGUCAGAAUUCAGAUCAAGUGUUACCCGAUACCUUCAAUGAUGGGAUAGAGGAUACAGAAGCACAUGUUUCGAGUCAGAGUUCCGCUCAAGUGUUGCUCGAUCCCACCCUGUAUAGGACAGAUGAUACUGAUGACCUUGCGACAGAGUCAGAAGGGACUGACACUGACACCUUGGAGCCAGAUACCAAAAUCAGCUGGGACAGUUUUCUGUGUGAAAACUACAAAGCUGAGUUCUGGUACUGGGAGAUCAUUGAACUUACCCGUAAGAUCCUGCAGACGCUCUUCAUACUGCUGUUCGGACCCGAGGACCACUUCACACUCUUUGUGUCUGUAUUCUUGUCUGUCUUCUUCCUGCUCAUCCACGCCUACCUGAAACCAAUGAAGGAUGCCGCGGAGCAGCGGCUUCAGAUGUGCUCGCUUGGUAUCAUCUUCAUAAACAUGUUGGCGGCGUCCUUACUCCUCAUGCCAAAUGACUAUGGGCCAAUUGUAGAAGAUAGAAAGGGAGUUCUUGCAAUGACGUUGGUUCUUCUGAAUAUCAGCAUUAUUGUAUUCGUCGCAUUAAGCUCCGUCUGGACUGGCAUCAAGGUUCUUUCUAGACAUGGAUGCUUCGCUUGUAUAAAAAAUUCAUUGGUGCAGAUGUGUAGAUGGUGCCGGAGACGCUACAGGAAGGAGCAAGAAGGCCACGGUUAUCUGCUGGAUGAUGAACACCCUUUUUGAGGAAAGGCGGGCGUGAUUAUGAGUGUACUGUAUGGUUUGGAUGUAUACUUACAACAUUACCCAAACCUUACGGUGUUGUAGCAUUAUGUCCGCCAUACUUUGAAAAGGCUUAUUGGUGAAUAUUGACAAACAAUAGAGAGGUUUCGCAGAGUCACCGAUACUCCAACGUGAGCGGAUACGUCACAAUACGUCAUCACUUUUUGAGGUCCAUGUGACGUAUAACCGUUGUACACAAGUUAGAAAUAGUCGACAUAAACGUAAGUAAACAACGAGUAUAAUUUUGUUCAUGUUUUUGUAGCGGAUUGUUAUUUGUUUAAUGUACCAGGUUUUCACCAUGUCUAUUAGAGGUAUCACAUGGAUGUAGUUGGACAUUUGUUAACCACCAUGCUUCAGAAAAAGAGAAAUGGCGAUUUUCCAUGGGUGCAGCCAUUUGGUUAAUAGCGCCCUCUUGAGCCUCAAGUUGAGGGUAUUCGUUUGAAUUUUGAGAAACAAAACUACACAGCUCACUUGACGCGAACGCGUACGAUUCGAUAUCUGUAUGCGUAUUCGUUUUCGCGACUCAGCGAAACCUCUCUAUUACGAGCAGACCAACGGAAACCAGUGGAGUCGGUAACUAAGUACAUGUAGAUGUUACUAAGUUUGAGGGGCUUGGCUACCAGACUAGGCAUGUGGUUUACUUGAGAGUCUGUCUAAUUGUUAUAAUAUGUACGUUAAUUAGUCGUACAUUGUAUUUUGUUAUAUUCUUAUGUAUAUGUUAACCAUACAGGUAUACCUGUUUUUAUUUGUAAAAGUCUUUACACAAUAUAACUAAUGUUAUACCGCCCUUGCGAUUUUUUAAUUGAACUGUGUUUUUCAAACGAAAAUAUUUCAAGCUAAGAUGUAACAAUAACGGUUUUCAACAAGUAAUGAUAUAACAUUGAGUUUAAAACAACACACUCUGUAAUAAUAAUGCUAAUUGUUUACUACUUUAAGCGUAUUGGUUGGUGGUUAGAUAUGAAUGGUACAAAUGUCAAUUAUUUACUUGACUUAAUCCUAUACAGGAAUGAGUAAACAUUAAUCGAACACAAUUUGAGCAAAGUCCCAUUUUGUCUUUUUUUUAUUUUUGGUUUUAUGUUCAGAGUUUGUUAUGGUUGUUUGUAUUAUUAUUUUGUUUUAAAUAAUUCGGGCGGGCUAUAUACUUCAACACUGUUUUAAUCCUUUAAAAUAAUGAACUGUUAUUGCUAUUAAAAAUUAUUUCAGCCGAUUAGUCGAACCAUGUUCUGUAUUAAAGUUUAGUUUCUGUAAACCAAGCAUGGGUUUUAAUAUGUUUUUUGUUCUAAUAUACGCUUUGUAAAUCGUAGACUCACUCACUCACUCACUCACUCACUCACUCGGUCGACCCAUGUUGUCGCGUUGCCGCAUGUUCAAACAUCGGGCUCUAUGUCUGACACGCCACACAACUCUAUCCUGGAUACAGCUGAUUAGCUCCUCCCUGUUGACUACUCCUGCAUCCUCGAUCAGCGUCUUGAGCAUGGUGUUAGUGGGUCUUCCGAGGCCACGCUAGCUA